GUCAUACUUGAGAAGCUCUUGCGUGGUGAUGUGGUUUUAGAGUGGCAGAACCCUAAAGCAGUAGUGCCUGUCAGCAAGGGAUGCGUCUUGCGAGAUUUGUCAGGUCGCAGAGGGUCUUUUCUCAUUAACAACUACAAACAACAUGGAGGAUUUCUAGGCGUAGGUCGCGGCUACUACGCUCGCCGAAACAAACCCGAAGAGGAAUCUAAUUCCGAAAGUGAACAAACAGAUAACCGGAUACCUUUCACUAAAUCCACCAGCCUCAUUCAGGACAGCUCACAGCUUGGUGAAAACGGAAACCAAACUCAAGAACACGCAGGGAAAAUUACCCACCAUUGCAAAACCUCGUUUCCUGAAAACAAAGACGAGGCCCGGAUAUUUCAAAGCCUAAUAAAUUCACACUCAACUAUUUCAAUUAACAACAUUCGCAGAAAAGACUCUGGGGAACCUGUUCAGAAAGAUGCAAGCCAGGCUCAGAUGUGUAAGCAAAUGUGUGAGGAGAUGUGCUAUAGAAUCGUCAAAGAACAUCCAUUCAUAGCUCCAUUUAUCAGACGUGAUUUACUGCAAGGAAUGCAGCGGAGUGUCGCCGCUGCAGCUAAAGGUUCUACUUCCGGUUCCGCUUCUAGUGUGACAGAUGUCCCCCACACAUGGACGAAGAUGUAUGAAUCUCUGUGUCUCCCGCCUGACGAUGAAACAACAACAAAAGCCAGGAUUACACCGAAAAUGAAGAAAAGGGCUCGUUCGGUAAGCAGAAGCACUCCAUCAAAGAUGAGGAAUACAUCGAUUCAACCGGAAAAGUGGGACUCAUUGACCCAGAAGUCAGGCGUGAGUGGUGCAUCAAGGAAAUUUGACUUAGCUUUGUCUAAGAAGACAGCAGAGAUUAAGCCUGAACUCCAACCGCCAAAUAAUAUACCAAGUACUGCUCCUAAAACGAAACUUCUAAAAAGCGCUAGGAGCCGCCGAAGCUUCUCCUUAUGUCGCAAAACGCCGAUGAAUGAUUCUGAUCCCUUUUCACAGGUUAGUAAAUUAGCACAGGAUGCAAACGUUAUCCCUGAAGAAGCUGUGGCAAAUAUAAAUGAAGACAAAUUUGCAGAUUGUGCUGAAAAAGGAAGUUCGGUGGAUCCAAUGAAAGUUUCCCCUACAAAAUUUAAGGAUCAUUUAAAAAGUACGCCUAUUUUUAACGAGCAGCCCAAUCAAAGCGAGGAUGGUAAACUUGCUGAAUCUACAGAAGGAGAAACCGCGCAGUGUACCCGUAAACCGUCCGCACACUCUCUCUCUGGAAUGGGCAACAGAAACGGCAAGGAAGGCAGAAUUAAUGAGAUUGUGUCGGCUUUAACCUCAUGGGGCUACUCAAUCAGAAACAAAGUGCAAGGUAAGGACAAUGGACCCUCACAGAUGUGUUCAGCUAACGGGGAGACACGUUCGGGCUGCAGUAAGCUACGUGUAAAUGAAGAUGAAGAUACUGCUAAGCUGAAUUCGAAAGCUCUAAUUGACCUAAUCAAGAAUCUGGCUGAAUCUAGAAAAAACCGCAAGUUAAUGCGACAGAUUAGCUCUGUCUUGAGCACAAAUAAAACACCAGGCAGGACAUCCAGAAACUCGAAAUCCUUCUCUCAAUCACAAACGUCGCCAUCGAUUGCUGCAAUGGAAACACCAGUCACAGUCAAAUCACCGGGAAACAUCCAAGACUGCAAAGAUAAGAAGAACAUACAAGUUGCUAGUGAUACCGGAACUAAAGUUCCGCAAGACAUCAAAAACGGCCCAGUGGUUAAGAGACGUCGGAUUGUCAGGGAGCGUUCCUACUUUGCCAAACUAGCUUCCACAGAUAAUAAAGAGAGCAGCAAUGAAAACUUUGUUUAUCAACCGUCUGCCGUGCCGUCUAUGCAUUCAAGAAAAUUCUCCCCUCCAAAAACUGAAAAUGAGAUAAAAGAAAAACUGCGCCGAAAUACUACUCCGCAGAAGAGACACAGAAAGUCACCAAAAAACAGUAGUUUGAAAAGAUCAGAUAUAAAGAAAAUAGAGCCUCGGGUUGUGAGAAAAACAGUUAGUACCCGGAAACUUGAUAUCCAGUUUCACCGGGAAAUUCAAACCGAAGAAGAUGAUUUGGAGGCAGUUGAAUGCACGCCGUGUAAAAAAUAUUCUAAUGAAGGUUACGAGAACUCCCAAAGGAGGCAGUUGGAGAGUCAGUCUAAUUCUGACGUCAAAAACAAACGUAGCAGUGAGGUGGAGAAUACAAACCAUGUGGCAAAUAUAAAUCAUGUAGAGAAAGCAAUACAAGUAGAGGAGGUGAAGCCCAUUUCAGAAAAUAUUAAUGAAUCUGUCGAGAACGAUUACAGUGGUGUAGUUACCUAUCAAAAUAAUGAUAAUGAGAAAGGAAUACAAACUGCCGAUCUUCGCAUUACAAACGAAGUCGUUAGUUGUCAGUUUUCCCAAUCUGUAAUCAAAGACAAUCAGUUUUCCCAGUUUGUGGUCAAAGACAAUCGGUUCUCCCAAUCUGUGAUCAAAGACAAUCAGUUUUCUCAGUCAGUUUUCACAGAUAAUCAGUUUUCUCAAGUUAUGGUCAAAGAAAAUCAGUUUCCCCAAUCUAUGAUCAAAGACAAGGCUGAAGCAGCAGGAAAUGACGAGGCCAGAGCUCAAGUACCAAAUGAGAAUCCUGCGAAAAAAGAAGACACAUUUUUAAAGACUAUUGAUGUCCCAUUGUCUUCAGCCAAAGAAGCCGAAAUAGAUAUUCCUGAGACAUGUACUAAGGAAAGAAAAGGUGAAAAUCAAACUAUUACAACUAAAACAAAGUCAAAACAUUCUACCUCUAACAAGGUAAGGAAAUCGCAAACGUCUGGGGACUUUUUCUCUGAAAUACAUACACUAAAACCAACUCAGCGAAAGACUUCUGUCACUUCUAGCAAAUCUGCAGGUGCCGUCAGGAGCAACACUUUAUCAAAACAACCAUCUUCUGGCAAUAAAAGCGGCAACAGAAAGCUUCCAAACAAAGUGCAGAAGCCUGAGAGACAGCCUGUGUCUGUUAGCACUAAACUCAAGGAACAAACCCGCGCUGUCGUUAAACGUGGACAGAAGAAUAACAUUGAAAGUACUCAACCGGUUACCAACAAAGCUCGAGAAAACAGUCGUGCGACAAGUAAAGGAAAUAAACAAACAUCGAGUGAGAUUCGUUCGCGGUAUGAGCAAUAUCAGAAAAAUAAACUGCAGAAGAACACCCCUAUUCGCAAUAGAAAAUUGCCGGUGAAUAAAGAAGUUCCUGUCGAACUGAACCAUAAUAUUAACCAAGCUUCCUUGCAACACACUGAACCAGAAACAGACAAGAUAUUAGAUACUGUUGGCCAGGUCCACACAACGUACAUCAGUUCCCUGUUCCCCUCAGCUUAUACUACAAGAAACAAACUGUCCAAUUGA